UCCGGACCGACAUUCUCUAUCCGUAUUCUCUAAUCCGGAUCACAUGUUUCUUAUUCACUACAUUCGCUGUUAUGCUUUAUUUGACAUUCGCUCACACACUUUAUUUAGAACGGGGAAUACCCGAAUAAAUUUGAAAUGCGACAGAAGAAAGACUUUCCCUCAGUUUUGCAUCAAAAUGACAUCAAAAAGGUCACACAAAUCGUUAACUCUUGCGGAAAAAGAACAUAUUUUAUUGCAGCUGAGCAAUGGUGUAAGUGGAAAACUGCUAGCUGAAAAAUAUGGUGCCGGGACAUCCACAAUUUCGGACAUAAAAAAAAAUAAAGAAAAACUAAAGAACUUCUUUGCAAAUUGCGCCGCUGUUUCAAAGGAUAGGAAGGUGUUGCGGGAACCAGACUACCCAGAAAUGGAGGAUAAAUUAUAUAAAUGGUUCCAAUGUCAACGAGAAAGACAUAUAACUGUCACAACAAAUAUCUUAAAAGAAAAGCCUGCCCAAAUUCACGCCCAAUGUUAUGAAAACAAAACAUUUUCUGCCAGCAAAGGAUGGCUUUAUAGGUUUAAAAAUAGACACGGAUGA